GCCGUCUUGUAAGACCGCCCCUCCUACUGAUUGGCUGUCCGGGUUGUCUCUGCCGUGUCACUGGCUGAAGUUGAUGUCCAUCACAGUGGUUUUGUCUGGGGACAAAAAGGCAUCCAUCCGCACUCUUUCCUCUGUCAGCACUGCUGCAGUGUUGUUAAGUUGUAUUACUUAGUAACAGUGUAACCAGGAUUCUUGCUCUUUGGUCGCAAUGAAGCGUAACUGCAGGUGAAGGGAGGAUCAGAGUCAAACAUGGGAACAAACAGCCAGAGCACCACCGUGGAAACAGAAGAGAACGCCCAAACUCCUGCGGCGUGCAUCGUUUCUGUGAAAGGCUUGAAGGAAAACUGGCAGAAAUGGUCCAGCGAACACCAGGAGUACCAGAAGCACAAUCCCUUCAGUCACAACACCAGACCGAGCACGGUGGUCCCUCCGAGGGGAGGGGAUGAGUAUGGGAAACCCCUGCAGGGUUCCCUGACAGAGCAACGUGGGAGGGAUGCUCACACACACAUCAGCAGAGAGGUUCAGGAGCUGUGUGAGGUCAUAAGGAGCAUUGGGGAGUCGGGGGGCAGCGAUGGGAAAGUGAUUACUGUAAGAUUUGGAAAGCUGUUUGAGCAUUAUGUGACUAUCUCGAAUAAACUGGUUGGGAUUCUUCUGCGAGCGAGGAAACAGAGACUGGUUGACUUCGAAGGGGAGAUGCUGUGGCAGGGGAAGGAUGAUCACGUAGUUAUCACUUUGUUGCAGUGACCCCAAAUGUUUA